AGGAUGUCGCGAGACCGCCCACGCCUGUGGAGAACAAACGCGACAGUCGUCAUCUCCCAGAAGUCGUCUGCUUCUCCGACACUCCUAUUCCGACAGAAGCAAACGUAAUCGACAACAGCGAAGGAAGUCUAAAACGCAACGCCAGCAAACGAAUCACCUUUAUGCAAACAGGACUAGACUUCGGAAGUGCAGUCGACCUCCACUCCUCAAGCUCAGCGAACAGCGCCGAGCCUUCACCAGGCUUCCCAAACUCGGAGCUACAGCUACCGCCAGUAGAAUACCAAAACACACCUGCCCAGCCACGACAGAGCUUCCAAUACUCUCCUCAACCACGACAAAGCUUUCAGUCUUCUCUACAACCACGCCAAAGCUUUCAGUAUAGCCCUCAGCCACGACACAGCUUCCAGUACUCUCCACAACCUCGCGUCAGCUUUCAGGGCAAUGCGCAGCCAUAUUAUCAAGGCACGCCGCCGUCGUACAGAACGCCGUCACCCAUCCCUGUCUACUUGGAACUUCACCGGUAUAAUUCUGUGCAAUGAAGCGGCCGACUGGAGUCUGGACUUCCUCUUUUCAAAAGAUACCCCGCCAUAUACAUACCCAGAGAUUCAACUAAACUAUAUAUGAAGGGAAAUGUAGCACACUUUGUUUUGCAAAUUCCAUCUGUAAUGUAGGCAGCAGUGUGUUUCAUCUUGAAUGAAGAAGAAUUCCUAAUUUAU